UGUAAGAAACUAAAACUAACAUAAACUCUGGAGAUAACACAAGCGAGCUGGUCAGCCAUGGCUUCCUCCUUCUCUCUCUCAUCUUCUUCCCUUAGGGGGGUGCAACUGAGAGUCGAAAACACAGUGGCUUCUUCCAACUGCUGUUUCAGAACGCAGGUGAUUUCAGGGGAGCAAAGGAAAGGGAAAGGUCGGAGCGUCUGGCGUCGAAGGAAACUGACAAAGAAGGAUGACAUGUUGCGAUACAAAAUGGAGAGAGUGCCUUUCCUGGAGGAACAGGUUCGGAAGGUAAAGGAUGGAGGACAGCUCUUGGGAAUGGACAUCGAGAGACUACUACUCUCAGAGGACAACCGGUUUGAUUUUGUGAAUGAAAUUGCGGCCGAGGCCAACAAGUAUGUUGAGAACAACCGAGAUGAGUAUGGCGGUAAGAAGAAAGCCAUCCUUCAGGUGCUAAGUAACCGUGUGAAUGAUGCUGGGUUUUAUAGACCUGAGGCAUAUGAAGAAUCUGACCCCUUCAAACCAGGGCCGUCGUGGUUGAAAGAAUUUUAUACUUGAUUUUGUGUUGUUCAUGUUGUAAUGUUAAUCUAGAUGGUAUUCUUUUGUAAUACUUUUUGUUUCAAAUCUAUCUCUGCAAUAAUUUUGCUUC